CACAGAACUACAGCAGUGUCGGUCUGACUUGCUAGCAUUUUCUUGGGAUCAAAGCAGUUUGUGACAGAUUCGAAAUGAAACUCUUCUUUGUAUUGGCUGCACUUGCAAUGGCCGUCUCGGUGGUCAACGGCUAUUCCGACGAUGACGCCUGGAAGGACUACAAGAAAAAGCACAAGUUAGACUACAACAUUGCAGGUGACGAUGGAAGGCGAGACGGAUUGCGCAAGAAGAUUUUCCUCGCCCAGAGGGAAAGAAUUAAUAAACACAACAGCGAAAGCAACAACUAUUUACAAGCACUCAGCGAAUUUUCCGUUAUGACCGCCUGGGAAAAGAAACAAUUCCUCGGUAUUGAUUCUUCCAGGGUCCCUUCCGCCGAGUUUCUCAAGUCCAUUCCGGUUUUUAACUCGCAAAAUCGCAAACUUCCUCCGAAUUUGGACUACCGUGACGACACCUGCAUGCCGGAGGUUAAAAAUCAAGGAGGGUGUGGAAGCUGCUGGGCGUUUGCCGCCAUGACCCCACUCGAAUUUUCGCAAUGCAAAGCAAACGGAAAGCUGGUCGAUUUGAGUGAACAGCAGUUGGUUAGUUGUGACUCCGUAAGUAGUGGGUGCAACGGUGGGUGGUACGUUAGCGCCUAUAACUAUCUACAGAACAGCGGCGGAUCUGCAAACGAAACACUUUACCCUUACACCGCCCAGACAGGUGUUUGUCAAUUCCAAACCUCGACGGUCGAAACCAAGGUCUCGACUUACGGUUACAUUCAAAGUCAAAACGCCACCGCCAUGCAAGCAGCCCUGCAGCAAUACGGUCCCAUUGCAGUUGCUUUGAAUGUCGUAGACUCGUUUUACGGUUACGGGAGCGGCGUGUACGACGACAAGGCUUGUGAUGGCGUAUACAUGAUCAAUCACGCUGUAGUCAUUGUUGGUUGGGGCAAACUCAAGGGAGUUGACUACUGGAUCGUACGCAACUCGUGGGGACCUGGCUGGGGAGCGAAUGGUUACAUACUAAUCGAGCGAGGCGUCAACAAGUGCCUGAUUGAAUUAUAUCCAGCCUACGUUAAAGCAGCUUAAGUGUUGUUUUUUUUUCGCCGAUUGCUGGUUUCAAUAUUUAAAAAUUUACCCGUCUGCCAUUUUGAAAAAUGAUUUGAUGGUAGAAAAACCCCGAAUAAAUUUAUUUAAACGAA